UUUGUUUUGCAGAUCCAGGCAAAUAACACGUACAAUGCUCAUACAACGACACUGUCCACUGACCGUUUAAUAGAAGACGAGGAGAGAGUGAUCAAUGGCAUGAAAGCGCUAGUUGAUGCCACCAUGAAUCCACCCAAAGCACCGUGUGAGACACGCGCAUACAUUCUCCAAAGAAGCAUGUCAGAGGUUAUCGAAUCUGCAUUUCGCGGGGCCGGAAUCUCAGAAGCCAUUGCCGGAGACGUACGGCGUAGUCCUCAGGUUCUUCGCCAUCACCGAAAAAGUGACAUAGAAAAGAUUUCAGCCAUGAUCAAGAUCAAUACUUAUGUUCAAGUGAAUGAAAGGACCCAGCCUCGCAUCUCCUUUAAGAGUUCAGGCCUCCUGAUCACAGAAACCUACAAAGACAGCGCGAGCAUUGCUGAAGGCAUAUUCGAGAUCAAAACCACAAAGCGCAAGAUUGCAAAUGGCAAGCCUGUGUCGUUGGAGUCUGUGAUAACCUUUACCGCCAGCCAAACUCAAUACAAAAGAUUCUGGCUGUCGAUGCAUCUCCUGCAAAUAUUUGGUCGUCAGGGCACAAGAGUCAUGCCAGCUACCAUCAUCAUGCACGGAAAGCUACCAUACGAUGACAAGGUAUUUGAAGCGAUAGUACAAGGGGACUAUUACAUGUUUACCAAUUUGAUCGAACAUAGAAGAGCCAGAAUCUGGGAUUGCGAUCCGGAGGGACGUGGUCUACUGGUUGUGAGUCGCACGAUGCCUUGCUGGUGA